AUGGGCGACAGAUUGCUCGAUAUACUGUGUACCGUAUGCGGUGAUCGUAGCUCUGGAAAACACUACGGCACCUACAGUUGCGACGGUUGCUCGGGAUUUUUCAAGAGGAGCAUCCACGAGAAUCGGAAAUACGUCUGUAAGGAACAGGGCGCUUUGAAAGGGUGCUGCCCCAUCAAUAAGAAACUGAGGAACCAAUGCCGAGCUUGUCGUCUUGCUAUGUGUUUUAAAGCUAAAAUGAACAGAGACGCAGUACAACAUGUACGUGGUCCGAGGAAGCCGAAACCUCAUUCAAUGAUUUCCGAGAAACAACAGUCGCCGAUUGAGAACGACGAUCGAUUAAGGACUGGCCCUGGAUCCGGUUAUGUUCUAUUGCCUUCCAGAAGGAUAAGGUGCAACCAAAGGAUCAUGCCUUACCCACGACCAGUGGGGCUGGUACAGAAACCGCCGGAAGACUCUCAAUCCCCUGUAUCGCUGGCUCUGUCGCAUUCACCGUCGGCCACGACCCUCUAUUCUGCGCCCCCGAACGUCACCCUGCCGCCGCAGCCGCCCCUUCUUCAGAUACUAAUGUCCGCCGAGAAGUGUCAGUUUGCCGACAACACAGUUUGGCAAAAUGCAAUCAAGGAACUCGCAUGGAACGCACGGCUGCAACCUGAAUCCGAGUAUUCCCUGGAGCAAACGGAAGUCAGUUUGAAUUCAUCGGGGACUUUACAAACCAUUCCACCCAUACGGGAACCAUUACAGGAAACAACUGCUCGUUUGCUGUUCAUGGCCGUAAGAUGGGUCCACUCUCUCCCACCUGUUCAAGCGCUUUCGAAACACGAUCAGCUGUUACUAUUGGGAGCUUCGUGGACGCAACUUUUUCUCCUUCAUCUAUCGCAAUGGUUCAUAUCCUGCAACAUCUCGGGCUUGCUGGAGGACGAACAGAUACGAGAAAGACUAUCGAAAGACGAGGCUACAACGAAUCAAGAUUUAAUCACGAUUCAGUCAAUAAUAUGUCGCUUCAGGCAACUCGCCCCUGACGUUGGGGAAUGCGGAUGUAUGAAGGCAGUAGCACUAUUUACUCCAGAAACGGAGGGUCUGGAAGCGGUCGACUCGGUGAAAAUGUUACAAGACCAGGCCCAGUGCAUCCUGGGGGAUUACACGUCGUCGCGGUAUCUACAACAAUCCGGCAGAUGCGGCACGCUGAUGUAUCUGGUCGGCUAUCUGAAGUCCGUCAGCUCGAAGACCGUCGAGCGUUUGUUCUUUCGCGAGACCAUAGGCGAGAUCCCGAUCUCCCGUUUGUUGGAUAACAUGUGUAAAAUGCUGAACCCUAGGGACUGAAGUUCUCGAGCGACUCGGCCGAUUAAUGUAUCGCUAAUUGUAAGUUACGCACGGCUUUCCGGAACUCGUCCGACUCUUCCCGAGCUGUGCGCCGCGCGGUGAACUAGAAGAGUUCUCGAAAUCUGUGCCAGAAGACUGUAACUAUAGGUGUACGACGAAUUCUAGAUCUCCUUGUGACCGAUAGAUUUUACAUGGUACUUGCGAUUUCUUUAGAAGCUUCGAGGAUGAGUUGGAAUAGUAAUCGUAGGCUAGGGCUGAGACUGCUCGGACAGCUUGAUGCUCGGCGAUGCUUCGUCGGUGAUCCAUUGUUACUGAUGUUCCGUGCUCUAAUAUUCGAAUCGAAAGGGUUACGAUUUUAAUCAUUGCCUCGUUACGCGAACGCUUCGUUUCACGAUACUUAUGCAUAUCAAAUUUCUUAUAGAGUGAUAGUACUUUGACUUGAAAUAGAACAUAUAAAUAUUUAAGCUUG